AUGGGAUGUGGAACUUCUGUAGCCAUUGAAAACCAAGGGAAGCCAAGAGGUCAUUCAGAAACAGCCAUGAAAGCAGCCAUUUUGAUCCAGCGCUGGUACAGACGCUACAUUGCUCGGUUGGAGAUGAGGCGGCGCUAUACCUGGAACAUUUUUCAAUCAAUAGAGUAUGCAGGGGAACAAGAUCAGCUGCAGCUUUCAAGUUUCUUCAGCUUUAUGUUGGAUAACUUCACUCAGCUCAAUGGAAAUGGCCCAGACCUUAUCUCUCACCUCUUGGACUCCGUAGUUGACCCGCUGACAGAGGAGGUCAGGCAGACUAGGUACGAGCAGAUAGUUGUGCCUGAUUCGUACACUGGUCCCCGGCUGACCUUUCCCCUGAGUGUCUCGGACACUAAUGCCCUGCUCAGUGCCUUCAAGGAACAGCAGACUCUCCAUGGCAAAUAUGUGUUGCAGUUGCUUCAUGAAACAAAAAAGUUUUUGAAGCAGAUGCCAAAUGUUAUUUAUUUGUCAACGUCGUAUGCCAAGGAGAUCACAAUAUGUGGUGACCUGCAUGGUAGCCUGGAUGAUCUACUGCUGAUAUUCUAUAAGAAUGGUCUCCCCUCUGAUGAGAACCCCUACAUAUUUAAUGGUGACUUUGUGGACAGAGGGAAGAAGUCCAUGGAGAUCAUUAUUAUAUUAUUUGCAUUCCUGCUUUUGUAUCCUGACCACAUGCAUCUGAACAGGGGUAACCAUGAGGACCACAUCAUGAACCUAAGAUAUGGAUUUACAAAAGAGGUCAUGCAAAAGUACAAGGCUCAUGGGAGAGACAUCUUACAGUUGCUGCAGGAUGUGUUCAGCUUGCUUCCUGUUGCCACAGUGAUUGACAACAAGGUCCUAAUUGUUCAUGGUGGCAUUUCGGACAACACUGAUCUCGAUUUCCUGAGCUCUGUCGAGAGAUACAGGGUAAAGUCUGCUCUCCGGCUGCCUAAACGCAGCCUUGACCACUUGGAAGUGGUGAGCAGCCGAAGCAGCAGUAGGCAGGGCAGAGUUGGACUCGAGAGCCCUCGUUCUCUGGGACGGAGCAGCAGAGCCUCCCGAAAAAGGAAGAGUCACCUUACAAGGCAGGCCAGCUGUUCCUCUUCAUCUUCCUCUUCGUCGUCAUCCUCGCUGUGCUCUCCCCGCCUCUUGUCCCGCAAUACUUCUCGGAACACUCUGCGGAACACGGCCAUGAACACACCUAGGAAUACACCUCGGAAAACACCUCAACACCCCCCUUCCCCAAGUCUCCCCAGUCCCACAGACAUGCUCCAGGUACCUUUCUUGGACUCGAUAAUGUCCCUGGCACCACCAGAGCCCUCCAGGGAGGAAAUGGAGUGGAGACAGAUUGUAGAUUUGCUGUGGAGUGACCCAAAGUGCCAGAAUGGCUGUUCUCCCAACACAUUCCGGGGCGGAGGCUGCUACUUUGGGCCGGAUGUAACUCAAAGACUCCUGCAGAAACAUGGCUUCUGCCUGUUGAUCAGAUCCCAUGAGUGCAAGCAGGAAGGCUAUGAGCUAUGCCACGAUGGACAGGUUAUUACCAUUUUUUCUGCCUCCAACUACUAUGAAGAGGGCAGUAACCGUGGAGCCUAUAUUAAAAUAGGUCCAGAAUUGGUACCACGCUUUUUCCAAUAUCAAGUCAGCCGUAGCACCAGGAAACUUACACUGCAUCAGAGGGUGAGCGUUGCUGAAGGAUCUGCCCUGAAGGCUCUGCAAGAGAAAUUAUUUGCUCACCGUUCAGAGCUCAUGGCUGGCUUUCAACAGUAUGACAAAAACAAUACAGGUCGGAUCUCCACUGGUGAGUGGGCUACAGUGGUGGAGUCAGUCUUGAAGAUGGACCUACCAUGGCGGACUCUGCGGCCUCGCUUGGUCCGUUUGGCUCCGGAUGGAAACGUGGAGUAUGAGUCCUGUUUUGAGGCUGUGAGCCCAGGACAGUCAGUCCCUCAGGUAACGCCAAACUUGGCAGAAACUCUUUACAGAUAUCGCACUGAUCUUGCGAUAAUUUUCAAUAUCAUUGACAAGGAUCAUUCAGGUCAAAUCUCUAUUGAGGAGUUCCGUCAGACUUGGAAGCUGUUCAGCUCUCAUCUAGGGGUGGAUGUGGAUGACCAAGCUAUAGAUGACAUGGCAAGGAGCAUUGACUUCAACAAGGAUGGCAGCAUUGAUUUCAAUGAGUUUUUGGAAGCUUUCAGAGUGGUACACAAACUUGAUGUCAAAGAGCAGCAACAUGGCUGA